AUGGCUCUCCCAACAGUGCCAACUCCCUCUGGUCUUUACGAACAGCGGCCAUCGCCGACUGCUGGAAUCGGAGUUUUUGCCAUCGCCGGUAUUCCUUCAGGCACUCGUAUCCUGUGUGAAGCUCCGCUCUUUGCGCUUCCUGACGACGACGAUGUCAUAGCAUGCUAUCUUGCAGUCAAAAACCUGCCCUUGGAUCAACAAUCUGCCUUCUGGUCUCUCGCCGCCUGUGCGAGUCCUCCAGGGGAUACCGAUUGGAUCGACGAGUUGCGAGAAGCUUGUGAUGAAGAUAUAAGCGAUCACGAGUUCGACGACCUCGUCAAGAAAUACGAAGGUGCAUUUUCGAUAUACGAGACCAAUCGCUUCACUUUGCGCUAUCCUGAUGGCUCACCCAUCAAGCUGGGAGUCUUCCCGAACGCUGCGCGCUUCAACCAUUCCUGCUCGCCCAACGUCUACCACCGCUACAAUCCAAACAUAGACCGGCUCACCAUACACACCCUUCGUGACAUCCGUCCUGGUGAAGAAAUUUGCACCGCAUAUAUCGAUAUUUGUCAUCAGACGGCUGAGAGACGUCGCAUUCUGCGUCACUGGGGAUUCAAUUGCCGUUGCAGGGCAUGCGAGGCACAAGAUCCAGCGCGCGAGACUCGGAGAAGUAGACUGGAACAGCUCAUGGCCGUCAUGCAAAGGAGAGAGAAGAAAAGGUCUUGGGAGAACUGGGGCACCUGGGAUUACGCAGAGGCUCUUACCACUGUGGAAGAGGUCAUCUCCAUCAUGCUUGCCGAUGGCUUGGAAGAGACGGACACACUGGGCGAAGCCUACGAGAAUGCGGCAGCGUACAACAUUGCCAUGGGCUGCAGAGAGGAUGCUAUCAAGUGGGCGCGAAAAGAUUUGGAGAUUGAACGCAAGUGCUGCGGCGAGGACAGUCCUGAAUAUGCCAAAGCGUUAGCCUUGCUACAAUCCGCCCAAGCAAUAUAG